AGGUCGGUUCGCGGGGGCAGCAGCUUCAGAAGAGAAGCCCAGACUUCCCUCUUCCCAGCCACUUCAUCCAGCUUUUUUGGAGGAUCCCAAGGUGUUCCCAGGCCAGCCAGGGGACAUAGUCUCCCCAGCGUGUCCUGGGUUGGCCUCCUCCCAGUGGGACAUGCCUGGAACAUCUCACCAGGGAGGCCCCCACGAGGCAUCCUAAUCAGAAUCUCAUCUGCCUCCGCUCGAUGCUGAUAAACAACUCUGAGGCCCUCCCGGAUGGCCGAGCUUCUCAUCUAAUCUCUAAGGGAGAGCCUGGACACCAUAUGAAGGAAAAUCAGUUUGGUCACUUAUAUCCGGGAUCUUGAACGUAUAUCGUCUGGUAAAUUUGAUGCCAUGAAAAUAGUAUGUCAUGCGACGAUACGACAAUAAAACAAGAAUGUAGACAUGAAAAUGAAAAAUAGGAGCAGUUAGUUCUCUUAAAUAUUAACUUGCUUGCUUAGCUAUAUGGAUUUAUAAUUGAGAAAAAAAAGAUUUUUUUUUUAUUAACUUUCGAAGGGUUUAGUGAAUGCACAUGAAAAACUAGUGGGGCUCGGUAACUUUAGCAAGGUUAAGAACCACUGCAUUGGCUAUUCUGUGAUAAACCUUUAUUUAAACCUCAAAAAAUCAUUUUGAGAUUGUUAUUUUGAUAUGUACACUAAAAAUAAAACUAUUUUCACGUAAAAUGGUUUGUGACCACUUAAAUACAAAUAUCAACACAAACGUACAUAAGAAAAUCGAGAGAGGGGAGGAAACCUCAGGAAGGCUCGACGAAGAGGUUGACGUCACUGACAAUAUGCGCAUGCGCGUUUUCCGAUCCCGCCCCCUUUCUCUCAGUUCAUCUGCCGCGCAAGUGCCAGCUCGCAAUGGCGGCUCUUUUGGAAUCGCUGCUGGAAAGAAAAGUGGACCUCUGCAAGGUCUUGGACUGGUUGAGGAACGUCCAGCAGGAUAGCGACACCUUUGCAUUUAGUGACCCAGUGUUGACAAUCCAUAAGCAAGAAUUCAUUCCAUUUCUGCUGAACUUCCUACGAGAUCAGAGUAGUCAGGCUCUUACCCACGGCCCCACCACCCCUGCCAAGACACCCAACCGGCCCAGGCCUCCUGCUACGUCACAGGGCUUCUCCGAAAAGAGGACCUGCAGGUCUUUGGGUGGCAACUCGCACAGCGCAAGCCGGGUACAGCUGUUCUCUCCAACGCCGUCCCCGGGGACCGAGUCAGGUCCGAGUCACGUCAGCAGCCCGUCCUUGUCCACGUCAUGGAGCCCAGCGUCCAGGCCAUCAGGCUCGGAGCGGAGACCGAGUCAGAGGAUCAGUCUUGGGGACUUCGUGCUGUCUUCUCCGGAGCUCCAGAAAGGCCGCAGGAGGAGCGGGAAUGGCCCCGGCAGGCACGUGGGAGGAGCGCGAACGGCACAUCACACUGAUGACAAUGUGAGGAGAACCAGCAAAACAGCUGGCAAUGAGCAGGUUUCUCCUCCAUCUGUGGGUCAACUAAAUUUUAACAACUUGGAAGAUUUCCCACCAGUCGGAUUGUCUCCUGUUACCCCCACGGAAAGCAAACCAUCCAGAAGAAUAAAUCCGACACCAGUAAGCGCCCAGCGGUCGCACUCCAAGCCUAAGACAUGCUUCACUUCCACACCAUUCAGCAAAUCGCCCAGCCCGCUGGCAACUGGGCCCGAGAGGCCCAAUGGGUGGGUGAUGGCGGUUAGCCCCCACAGCCUGAUGGAGGAGAGGGAGCUUCUCAAGAGAGAAAAGUGUAAAAGAGCCCAACAGACCUGCUCUCCUCCACCAGCCUCAGAGGAGCCGUGCACGCCAACGAAGUCUGGCACCCUAGUCGGAAGCAAGGUGACGCCUGAUCAGCAAACGCCAUGUCCUGAACCGUCCAAAGUCACCCUGGCCUCAGACCUGGACUUGCUGGCGGAAUUGUACUGCACUUGCAUUUCAGAAAAUCUGUUGCCAAACGUUUUUUUGGAGCUCUUCUUUGUGAUGCAGCUGCUCACGUCUCGAUCUCCUCACACUCCUGACGAGGAUGAUGAGGAACAUAGCAAAUGUGCGCUCAACUCUGAUGUGCUGGAGCGACGCUACCUGAGACAAGUGCACAACUGUGUGUAUUUUGCAGUCAAAGUGCUGGAGAAUCAAUAUCAGUUAUUGACUCAUCUGGAUAAAUGCACGUUGCGUCUCCUGGCCGAGAAUGAAAGAGUGGCUUCGUUCUCAUCGCACCUUAAAGAUCGUUUGAGUCAGGCCCAGGACAGAAGUACAGCCAAGCUGUCGCCCUCUGUUUCCGCAUUCGUUCACUCGGUGUCUUUCCAGCCUGCCACCGACAAUCGAUCUAACUUCAGCAGUGACAAGGCUUUCCACACCUUUAAAAAGCAAAGGGACGUUUUUUACGAGGUGCUGCGAGAAUGGGAGGACUGUCACAAGGAGCCCAGCUGGAUUUUCGAUGUUGCGCUCGGAAGUCGUAUAAGAGGAAUGAUGAAUCAGCUGACCGCUGCUGGAAACCACUCACACUUUGCUCGUCUCUUCUUGAAGCAGCUGGUUCAGAUGUGCAAAGGACAUCGUAUGAACAGCUCAAAUGGCGACAACCCUGACGCCGACCUGCUCGGCAUUCUGGGAGCCGACAGCCUGGGCCGGCUGAAGCGCCUGGAGGAGCGUCUCAUUCGGCCGCACGGCGUCGGCGGCCCGUGCCCGCCGCCAUCCUUUCCUGGCCACCAGGAGUUCUUCCGGGACUUUCUGCAGGCGGCCAGUUGCUGUCAGCUCAACCAGCAUUUACAGGACAGCUUGUGCCAGCAGAUCCUUCAACUAGAUGAAGUCGCCAUCCUGAGUCCACCCGCUCCCAUCGCCGAACAAGAGGAGGAGGGCGAAGAGGCAGUGGGCGACGGGGACAUGGAGCAGCAGGAUGAAAAACAGCGCUUUGCUUCGGUGAUUCUCCUUGCUCGUCUCCUGGCCAAGUUCUUGGGGUUCAUCUCCUUCCUGCCUUACCAGAUGUCCGAGAAGCCGCCUAAAGAAAUCCAAGAGGCGGCGGUCGCCCUGCGGAGCAAGAGUGUGCCAGUGUUGGAUGUGUGCAGCGUGCUGAAGAAGUGCAUGAGUCGCAGGCGCGCCAUCUUAACUGUGCCCUGGCUGGUGGAGUUUCUUUCCAUGCUAGACUUUACUGGGCCACUGCUGUUCUGCUACAGGGUGGUUCUCGGCACGCUGUGUCUCCUCUACAGGAAAAUGCUUCUGGGCAGAUGUGACGAGAUGCCUUACCUGAACAAACUUUUAAUUGUGUCAGUACUAGGAUGGCUCUUCCAGAUCCCGGUGAUCCCUGAAGAGGUGUUCUUUACCAGUGACUUCACUGAGGUAGCUGAACUGGAGGAUAGCAACGUUAAUGCAUCAGGACUCGACUGCAUCCCUCUGGUGGACCAACAGCUCCUCUACACAUGCUGUCCAUUUCUCGGCGAGUUCCGCAAGCUACUAGCCGCCUUUGUGUCAGGAAGCAGCAGCAAGAGCGGCGGCGUGGUCCGCAAGAUCACUCCGACGUCGGCAGAGCCACGAGACGCGACAGGCGGUGGAACGCGUUCGCAGCAGAAGCUGCAAGUGGACCUGGAGCAGGCUUUCUUUCACAACCAGCCACCGUCUCUGCGCCGCACGGUGGAGUUUGUGGCCGAGCGGAUUGGCUCCAAUGCUGUCAAGCACAUGAAGGCAACGUUAGUGAGCGAGUUGGUGGAAAAAGGGGAGAAGAUGCUCAGAGAAGGAUUGGAGUCACCUAAAGCCAAUGUGUCCAAACUGAAUGAGUCCAUCUGCGCUCAGCUGUGUGAGGCAGGAUUGGAUGCCAUGAGUAAAGCAACCAGAUUCUGCUGUGAAAAAAGUCCAGAAGCCAUACGCAUUUUGCUUCCCCAUGAGACUUCCCCUGCUGUUCUUGCCACAUCAGAAAACAUCACCAUCCACCUGGCCACGGAAAAAGCCUGCAGCUGGCUUUCAGCUAACAUAACGACACUCAUCCGGCGAGAAUGGAAGAGCAGGUACGAGCGCGUGACCAAGACCUUGACCGCCGACUCCACCGACGAGCCGGGCCCGCCACUUACGCCCAAGAGGAAGCAAGGGGGUGCCAGAUUGAUGUCCUGUCUGCCCUGCUGCACCCAUAGCGCCUCACUGCCCUCCGAUGUCCUCAUCGACAUCAAGGACUUGCUGAGUGUGGCCGCCGGACCCAGGACGGAUGACGAGCUGCCAAGCGGUUUUCAGUUACAAACGUUGUUCCGUAGAGCGGGCGACACACUGGUCUGCAAAAAGUUCUUGACAGCUGUGUCAGAGCAGAUGCUGCUCAAUGCUACUGUCCUGCUGGCAUGCAAGCUGGUGUCUGCAGAGCUGCCUUUAGCUCCUACGUCAGGUGGUGAGGAGUCUGAGCCUUCUGUCAUAGCACUUCUGGAGCAGCUGGGGGAACUUUGGGAGCGUGACAACAUUUGCUGUGCCCCCCUCCACCUUCUCUUCAGCCCGCUAACCAUCACUGCCGUGCUCAAGGCUGGAGACAAUGAACGGAAUAACUACAUGCAUCUGGUGAGGAGGCUGGUGGAUGGAGGCCUCUUGUCCGAAGAGGAACUCGUAUCUCACUGGACUAAACUGACAAAGCAGACUGUGCCGGAUGCACUUCAGGAGCUGAUGGAGAAGUUUGGACACAACAACAUUUCUUCACUUCACAGUCAAAUGGAGCUGCUGCAGCUUUCUAAACGGACUGUAGAGGGCGCCACAUGACCAUGUUCUGGAAAGGAAAGCCUAAAUAUUUAUACAUAUGAAAAUAAUUUUAUCAAUGUAGCACUUUGAUUUGUGAGUCCUAAUGUAAAUGUGACACUGAUCUGUUCAUCGUCUCUCGUUUUGAUAAUGCUGCUUUUAAAAAAAAGAAUAUUUUAUACUAUACUGACCUUAUUAAAAUAAAGAGAAAUGCUGGUAAUAUUUCAGUCCAUUUUCAUCAUUGUAUUUUUGUAGGAAAGGAGAUUUUAUGUGAAAAAAAAACAGUAUUUCUCAGACACACAAUUACGGA